AUGGCUGACUUUGAAAACGAUACCAGCCGUUAUGCGGACGAGCCGCGCUACGAUCGCGAGCGCGAGCGCAGCGCUUCUCCUCGUGAUGAGCCCCGAGCCGACCGCGACCGUGCUCGCAGCCGCUCCCCCAAUGGCCGCUCUGAUGAUAGAGCUCCGGCUCGCAAGCCCAUUGAGGAAGAGGAUGAGGGUGCUGUCAACACCGGCUCCAACCUCUUCGUCACUGGUAUCCACCCUCGCCUGACAGAAUCCGAUAUCUCGCGUCUCUUCGAGAAGUACGGUGAUGUGGAAAACUGCUCUAUCAUGCUUGACCCCCACACCAAGGAGUCUCGUGGCUUUGGUUUCGUGAACAUGGUUACCGCCGAGCAGGCUGAUGCCGCCAAGGAAGGUCUCCAGGGUGAGGUCAUCGAAGGUCGCACCUUGAGCAUUGAGAAGGCUCGCCGUGCCCGCCCUCGUACCCCCACUCCUGGCAAAUACUUCGGUCCCCCCAAGCGUGAUGGCCCUCCUGGUGGCCCUGGUGGUCGUGGCGGUCCUCGCCGUGACCGUUACGAUGAUCGCCGUGGCCCCUCCGGUGGUGCCUGGCGUCGUCGGGAUGACGACUACUCUCGCUAUGGCCGUUACGAUUCUUACAACGACCGCCGCGAUUACGGCCGUGACUACGGUCGUGACUAUGGCCGUCGCGACUACGCUGGUGGUGGUGGUGGCGGCCGUGAGUACGGUGGUCGCCGUGAGUCUCGCGAUGACUACUCUUACCGCGGCGGUGGUGACCGCUACGGAGGUAGCCGUGAGGACCGCUACAGUGGCCGUGACGACCGCCGUGGUGGCGAGGAGUCUCGCGGUGCUGGUGGUGGUGGCGGUUACUAUGACCGUGAUGCCAACCCUCCCAGCUUCGACGCUGGUGGCCCUCCCCGUGAGCCUCGCGAGGCUCGUGAGCCCCGUGAUCCGUACGCUGGUGGUGGCGGACGUUCCUACGAAGGUCAGGCCCGCAGCAGCGCUGGUGGCGGCGGCGGUGGCGAGGAUCGUUACGCUGGCAGGUAA